CUUUUGUCGAGCGGCGCACUGGCCUCCAUAUUUGUUCACACAAAACUAGUGUGAAAAUUUUACUUGAAUUUGUAUGAUGCCUAAUGAAUAUAACCAAAAUGGGAAGGGUCUAGAGCAGCAGUUUGCUGGUCUGGAAAUCAACGGUGGUCGUCCGGGAGGAAGAGGACAAGGUAAUUGGGGUGCACCACCACAAUUUCCAGGACAUAAUAAUGCCUACCGACCCAACAACAGAUUUCCACCGGAGCAAAUGAUCUUUCUCCAACAAGGUCCUCCUCAGAAUGUUCAAAGAUAUGUUCCCCCUCACAUGCGCAGUUCUGGAGGUCCUCCCCCACCCGGACCUCCCCAACAACCACCUAUGUACAACCAAGGUCCCCCAGACAGUCACCGAGGAGGAUGGGGUGGCAAUGCAGGUGGCUAUCCUGGAGGUUAUCAGCCGCGUGGUGGUUACUCGGGUGGCUACAGCUCUGGACCCCCACAAAUGAAUGAUAGAGGUUAUAAUAAUUAUAAUAGGGGAGGUGGUAGAGGAGGUUAUAAUAACAGCUAUGACAGCAGACGAGGCAGUGCUGGAGGUUACAGUGAUCGUGGUAUGGGUAGAUAUGACAGACAAGGAAGUGCUCCUCCCCAACCACCAAUGGGUGGAAGCAGAUGGGACGCUUUAGCUGAAGAACCUGUAAGCCGUGAGAAGAAAUGGGGUCACAACAGAUGGGACAGUCGAGCCGACAGUGGUGACACCUGGUCUAACAGUGGAUCUACAGUUAUCGAUUGGUCAACUCCCCUACCCAGAAACGAAAGAUUAGAACAGGAAUUAUUUGGAGGUGGUAAUACUGGUAUAAAUUUUGAUAAAUAUGAAGACAUACCAGUAGAGGCCAGUGGUGAUAAUCCACCUCAAAAUAUUGAAAACUUUGAAGAUGCAAGUCUUGGAGAGAUUAUACGUAACAAUAUUGUACUGAGCAAAUACCCGAAACCAACACCAGUACAGAAAUAUGCUAUACCUAUUGUAUUAGGCAAGAGAGAUUUAAUGGCUUGUGCCCAGACAGGUUCGGGUAAAACUGCUGCUUUUCUGGUACCUAUAUUAAAUUUACUGUACGAGACUGGACCAGGUGAGGCUCAUGAGGCCGAACAAAGGCAAUCACAAGGAGGUCGAUCAUAUGGAAGAAGAAAACAAUACCCCAGUGCUUUAGUGUUAGCUCCGACCAGAGAAUUGGCAUCACAGAUAUAUGAUGAAGCAAGGAAGUUUGCUUAUCGAUCAAGAGUUCGACCCUGUGUUGUAUAUGGUGGUGCUGAUAUCGGUGCCCAGAUGAGAGAUUUAGAUCGAGGAUGUCAUUUAUUGGUGGCUACUCCCGGUCGAUUGGUCGAUCUAAUGGAACGAGGCAAAGUAGAAAUGGAGCAUUGUAGAUACCUGAUGUUAGAUGAAGCUGAUAGAAUGUUAGACAUGGGUUUCGAACCUCAGAUUCGAAGAAUUGUAGAGAAAGACUCUAUGCCUCCAUGUGGUAAACGACAAACUCUCAUGUUUUCAGCCACUUUCCCUAAAGAAAUCCAGAUUUUAGCUCGAGAUUUUCUGGAUAAUUAUAUAUUUUUGGCUGUUGGUCGUGUUGGUAGUACGAGUGAAAAUAUUACCCAGAAAGUUGUGUGGGUAGAUGACAGUGAAAAAAGAUCCUUCUUACUUGAUUUGAUCAACGCUGCAGGCCCAGAAUCUUUGACCCUUGUAUUUGUUGAAACUAAGAAAGGUGCUGACUCGUUAGAAGACUUUUUACAAAGAGAAGGAUUCCCAGCAACAAGUAUCCAUGGUGAUAGAUCACAGAGAGAAAGAGAGGAUGCUCUACGUGUAUUUAGAAGUGGUGAUCGACCAAUCCUCGUUGCUACGGCCGUUGCUGCAAGAGGCUUAGAUAUCUCAAAUGUACGUCACGUCAUCAACUUUGAUUUACCCAGUGAUAUCGAGGAAUAUGUUCAUCGUAUUGGACGUACUGGGCGAGUGGGAAAUCUAGGUUUGGCUACAUCGUUUAUAAAUGAGAAAAACAAGAAUAUUGUUCGAGAUUUAUUGGAUUUGUUAAUGGAAGCUAAUCAAGAAGUACCAGCUUGGUUAGAAUCAAUGGCCAAUGAUACGCGAUCAUCUACUACGUCCAAGAGAGGAGGCAGAAAAUUUGGAUCUGGUGGAUUCGGAGCCAGAGAUUACCGUCAACAAAACAAGGGACCAAAACCAGGCAUGGGUAUGGGAAAUGGUGUGAAGAACCCAAUGGGAGGAGGAUACCCAGCUAUAAACCCCUUUGCCAGCCAGUACGCUAAUUACGGAGGAUCUUACGGUGGUGCCUACAACAGUAAUACACAGGGCACUGAUUGGUGGGGCAACUAAAAGGUGGCAACCUUUGCCGUGACGAUGGGGUUAAACGGAUCACAUCAUCAGUGAAUUAAAGGAAAGAUUAUUAAUAUUAAAUGAAAGAUUAUUAUAGAAAAUAACCACCUUCCCAUUUCUUGUUUAAUGCUUUAUGUUUUAUGGUGCCUGGAUUUUAUUAGCAUACAGUUGAAGGACCCAGAGUUUUGAGGUUUAUUUUUUUUUUUGCUGUUUAUAUUUUAUGGACUUUGAUUGCGCGUAAUUUCAUUUAUUGUCGAUGUCUACAUGCGAGGGACAAUUCAUUGAGUUAUUUUAUUACCAUAUACAUAUAUAUCAUGUACAUUGUUAUUUUUGCGAUCGAUCGUUCGAUGUAAAAUACAUCGAGCCUUUUCACGCGUAUAUAUACAUAUAUAUAUAUAUAUACAAAAAUCAUUUCUAUUUUAUUAUAUUGAUAAUGUUGAAUCUUAAUAUGAACCAUAAUAUUCUCGACGAACAAAAUACUGUAAUACAUGUAUGCGAGGAUCCAAGGCCGAUGAUUUUAUAUAUGAAAUUUGAAAUCCUCCAUUUUGUUUCCUCUGCGUAUUAUUUAUAUCAUUUUACGUUCCUUUUUUUUCUAACGCUGCAUAAAAACUAUGUCUCGUAUAAAUAAAUACAAACGUGUAUAUUAUUUAUGAUAUAUUUAAAUGAUAUUCAAAUGUUUAAAUAUUUUUUUCUUGCAAUAUUUUGUCCCCAUGUUUCAUGUGCAAUCGGUCAAAUUUCACGUGUAAUAUGAAAACUUUGACGUAUGUGUGUUGGUCAACGCAUUGUGGUGACUAAGCGUGUACAUUCGCAUUAAAUAUGAAACUGGAUGUACAUGUCGGUCGUAUGUAGACUACGCAUGUACAUUGAAAUUGUAUUAAAUUUAUGGAUUGUAAUGUUUAUUUGAAAAUUGAGUUAUGUGCCAAAUAAUGACCCUGUUUGCAUAUAUAACAGAGCCUGAAUAACCAGACUGAACAUUAGGGCGUGAUGGGAAAUGAGAGAUUGCGUAAUUCAUUCCAAAAUAUUUGUACUAAUUCGUAAAUCUGUGUAACUUCUCACAGAAGUUUUUAAAAUGUACUACUUCUGUGAUAGCUGAUUAUUUUGGCAGGCGUUGAAGCCGUCUGCAAUGUCUAGUCAUGGUAAAUGACGUUGAAAUAUAUUGCAAUCACAAACAUCUCCUGUAUCUUCUAACGCAAAAGAUUGUGUCGAGAUAUAUGAUGGUGUUGGGUUUUACUCAGAUAAAUUAUAAUUCUAACUUACUCCAAGUUAUAAUUUUGUGUACAAAUCAACUAAUCUGUGCGAUUUACUCCUUUAAAAAUUGAUAUGUACAAAUGUUAAAAAAAAAUGAAAGGAUAUAAUUUAUUGUGCAUUUUUAAUAUUGAUGUGCACAAAUGUAAAAUAUUCAAAAUGGAGAAAUUAUAUAAUUUAUGGUGCAUUAUCAACUUGUUUACACUGCCUGGGUUAAAUCCAACUAACAAGUGAUUGUAAUGAUAUGAUAGAUCUGGUUAAAAUUCCAUUUAAAUCUUAAGAAAAAAUCCUCUGGGCUCCUCAUCUGUUGCGUGUUUUCAGCUUGAUUAUAAGCUAAAUAAUUUACAUUAUUAAUAUGAUCACCAUCUUGGUUUAACCGUAGUCCCUAUAUGUAUCCCUGUAUCUCUCGACUCGAAACAUAUGUAUGUAUGCCUGGAUAAUUGUUCUGCCUUUGGCAAUGUUAUUUAACGCUUUAUGGCCUGGGUUGCUAACACAGCCAAUCAAAAGGGCUUGUUUGUUCCCACAGCCAAUCAAAUGGCCCAGUUUGCUAACACAGCCAAUCGAAAUACCUUGUUUGUAUAUCAGCAAAUAGUGUUUAGACGAUUCUGAUUCAAGCAUAUCCUCCUGGCACCAGGUGGAGCUGUGUUAGAUCAAAUGAGAUAACGAUGUUACGGACCUCAGUUAGACCAAGAUGCUUUAUCUCGUGUGUAGAUGUUAUAUUUAGAGUUAGCUUUGUGUCCCUAUGCCGUCCUGUCAUAAGAUAUUCUAUGUAAUAUAAUUGAUGACGUGACCUGCCGUUAAUACAUAACGGCCCAACUGUCUCGUCAAUUUUUGGUCUGAAAUAAAAUAUUAAUGAAUAUAGGAAUUAAAAAAAAAAAAUAUGGAUGCAUUUUAUCGACACUUAAAUUUAAGUUAAUUUCCUACAGAGGUCUGUCGAUAAUUUGCCUAGUUAUUUUUAUGCGUAUCCUCGACAAAUGCAACUUGCAUUUAUUGAUUAGAAAUGGAAUACUGAAUUAAUACCCUGUUGAAAAUUACAUUAGCGGGAUAUUCCAUUUAAAAUUAGCCACGUGUACCGUAUAUGUAUUUUUCUUAAAUCUUCAACCAAUUGUUUUUUUUUUCUUUUAAAAAUUAAAUAUGAGAGACCCCUAAUAAUAUAAAUCAUUUAUAUUGUGAUCACUCUUUUUAAGCCUGACAUGUCUGACCAUUAAUAUUUUGAUUAUUCUUUUUGAAGACUGACAUUGUCUAACCCUUACAGAGUAUUUUUAAAUGGAAUAUCCUUCACACAUUCUUGUGUAUUUUAAACAUGAUUGAACACAGGGUAAACUUUUAUUGUGUAUUAUGGGACCAACAAAUAAAUUAAAUCGUGGUUCCAUUUUGGUUAUGUUUAUGUAUUGUAGUCAAAAAAUAUAAGUGAUGUAAAACUUAACCCUGUUGACUGUCCCAAGUGGGUGUUUGUGAUCGGCAUGUGAAUGACGGAAAUGUGGUGGUACGAAAUUUGAAAAUCUUAAAUCAAGAACCAUCACAUUAGCACUUGUUGUUGCAUGAUAAUUACUAUCGCUCAUAUGUAGUAUUAGAACAGAGUGUAACUAAAAUUCUUAAGCAUUGUUUAGGCCGCAUAACAUACAAAUUAUCCGUACAAUUUAGUCAUAUUUAACUUGGGCCAAUUGUCGAUGAAAAUUUUUGAUUUUAUUGUAUUAGUUUUGUAAUAAUGAAGAUAUUUGGGUUUUGUUACGACAAUUAAUAUAGUAUUGAGUAAUUUGAAGUGAAAACCAAAAAACGUUUAAUGUUAAUUAUAGAUAUGAUAUACAUGUAUUGUGUAAUUAAAAUUAAUAAUGUAUCGUUUAAAACAAUUCUAGUCACUGUGUGUUCGGUCACUCAUGGUGAUUUCUCAAUAUUAUUCAUAAAAUAUGUAUUAAAUCGAAAAAAAGGAGUGCUAGUUGUCUGCCCUUGAACCUACUUGAAUGUCACACUAUUAAUUUGGCCAGGAACAAAAUCAUUCUAAAACAAGAAUAGAUAAAUAAAUGAAAAUUGAAUCGAAGGCUGCAUUGAAGUUGGUUCCCUUUCAAAGUGAUGGGGGCAGACAGCUGCUCAGGUUUUUUCGAGUUGCAUUUUAGUUUAGACUGUUUAAAAAAAAAGUCUUAAUUAUCUAACAUGCUGCAUUUUUUUAUCCACAGUGAAUCAUUUUAACGGGGGUAACCAGACUUUUUGACAUUCAUCAUUUUUUAUCUUUAUCAAGUGACCUUCUAAAGUUACAUUGUUUUAAAUCUGUUUGGUCGCUAGCGAGGAUGUUGUUUGUCACUAUUGACGACGGAUGACGAUUGUUCUAGCGACAGUAUAUGUAUAUUUUUUUAUUUUACUCAUUACCCAGGUAAUGGGAUUGGGUUAUUAUAUAUAUUGUAUCAUUAAUACAUUAAUUACAUUUUGUCUUUCGAAGAGAAACAGAAAAGAAUUUUUGUUUUUUUGUAUGCAUAAAUGGUUUUGAUUUAUUUAUAAUUGAAACUUAUUGAAAUGAAUCGGUUUAAUAUGUGAAUGUCAAAUUGUAAAAUAUCUCUCAAGAGUAAGUUUUAAAAUAAUACACCAUGCAGCAUUCUAGAAUUUAAUGAUUAGUAAAAUUGAUUUAUCUUAGACGUUUAAUUUAAGGAAUUAUCAUCCCAAGCCAUGUAACCAAGCCAGUGCAACGAAUUUUAAACUUAAAUGAAGACAAAAGAGUUGGCAGUUUUAGUUUCGUAUUUAUCAAAUAUAAUUCAAUUUUAUUUUUAAGAUUAAGAUUAAAAUUUAUUUAAGAUUAAUAAUUAAUAGGGCUAGAAAAAGACCCAAGGCCUUUUGAACUUAUAGAUGUACCUAUAUACUAACAUUUUUUUUUUUUUUAAAAACAUCUGUGUGGGGUUUGUUUUUUUUCUGUAUGAAGAUUAAAUGCCAUUCAGAUGUAAAUGGCUACCUGAAACCAUCUUCAUAUUGUUAUUGUAAAAGGCUGUAUUUUGAAAUAUUUUCCCAAGAUUGUUACACUAGUGAAAAAGGGGAAAAUAUGCUCUUAAAUGCCGUGAUUGUUGCUGCCCUUGAAUAAUGCGAUUUUAUUUUUUAAGAUUACAUGAAAGUCUCUUCAAAAAUCUUAUGGGGGACAGCUAAUAAAUUAUGUUGUCCUUUAUUCCAUGACAAUAUGAAGGUGGUAAAAACCCUGUAUUUACAGAAUAUAAUUUAAUUUAACUGAUCUUCCAUAAAAAUAGAUAUAAUGUACCCUGAACUCUGUAUUAUCAACCAUUAAAUGGAAUUGUGUACUAAUAGAUCUGAUUUAUGCACAUGCGUUAUUGUUCAUAUCUUAAUACUAAGAAUUUGGAUCAACACAUUUCAAUUCUAAAUAGUAAGAAUUUGGAUUUUAAUUCUAAAUAGUACGAAAUUGGAUUUUUUUGUUUUGAAUAUUAAGAUUUGAGUUGAAUAUACAGAGUCCAUUAAUUAAGGAAAAAAAACCUCUUUAUUGAUAUAUAUAUGUUGAUCAAAACAGUUGGAGAGAAUAGAAUUGGUGAAAAUAAUAUCAACCUCUAAAUGUUCUUUUAAUGGAAUAUUUCUGAGGUAUUGACAAUUUUUAGUUCUUGCCAUCUAGGAUGAUUGAUAAACAUAUUGUAUUUGUGUUUUGUGAGCUCUUCCCAUUAAAGCUAAAGCUGCAGAGUUCCCCUGCUGUGUGAUCAUUUCAAAUUCAAUGGAUUAAAUUUGCUCAUAGGACAAAUGAUUAGGAUAUAAUUUUAAAUCACAUUUUUUUUUGGAAACGUUCAAAUAAUGAUUAGGAUAUAAUUUUAGAUUACAUUUUUUUAAAACACAGUAAAAAAAUUAAUAUUGAUAAAAUAUUCAAUUAAAUUUUAUUAACCACUUCAAUAAACAAACACUGGAAUUAUUUUACUUUUGAUUAAAUCAAAAAAAAGACGGAUUAACGCGCAUAUGUCAGUUUACGGUUGAUGUUGAAAUCCACGUGUGGUUGAACUCGGCCAUUAAAACAAGUUUGAUAUAAUACGUAAAACAUUCCAUACGCAUUUUGUGCCAAGUCUUCAUAAUAUCUUGUUUAUAGUAAUAUCCCAUUCUUCAUCAUUUUCAUAUAAACAUAUCGCAAAAUAGUUGACAAUUUCCGUGAAACUGUCAUUAAGAUUAAUGCUGCCUUCAAAUUACGAGUCUCCAAUUUGAAAAUAUCAUUCAAAUUCUGUCCGGUUGUAUUUUUUUCUUGUAAACUUGAAAUUUUUUGAUAACUUUCAUAUUCAUAUUUACAUGAAUUUGAUUGGUCAAUUAAAAAGGAUAGAAAGGGUUGGGUGAUAAAUACAAUCUUCUACUCGCCUUUUUUUUUGAUAUAAAAAAUAUCAACAUUCGUCGAUAAAGUAAAAAAAAAAAAAAAACUCGACAAAGCCUUGUUUUUUAUUUCCAUUAUCUACUUGUGUUGAUAUUUUUUUUUAUAUAAAAAAAAGACUGGUAGGAGAUUCUCUAUUUAUUGCACAGUUCAAACGUGUUUUUUUUACGAUUUGGAAACCUGUUAUUAAAAGGACAGGAGGAUUGAACCUCGGCAGAAAUAAUCGGUGAAAAUGCAUAGAAAUAUAAUACAUAGUUUUUAUUUUUAUACGAUGAAUUAACGUAAUUUUAAUAUUGUGCGUGGAUUUGAAAGAAUUCUUGUGAUAUUUUGAAUCGGUGGUCAGGGCUCUUAUCAGUCCAAUGAACAUCUUCUAUUAAAUUCUUAAACUAUAAAAUUGGAUUUGAGCCAGAUCGUGCUUUCUUCACAGCAAAAAAUUAAUAAAAUUCUGUAAUAUUAAGUAGAUUGUACGAAAUGGAAUCCAAGUAAUUGUAAGUUGGAUGUGCACAAAAUGCAAAGGAAUAAUCAUAAUUUUUCAUCUUUCCUGGUCAGGCUGUUAAAUACAUGAUCAAGAAAAUAUGGUUAAACCAAUCGCUGUGUUCAAAACGUGUCUUAUAUAUGGUAAAUACAAGUUUCUCACUUGGAAAUAACGCACAAAUUAUGUUUGCUACCAGAAAAUAUAAGUAUAGUGUUCAAAUUUGGACACUCGUAAUUAUGGUUUAUCAGAAUUCGAUUUGAUCGCAGUUCUAUGCACUAUAUUUUACAGUACAUGUAGUUAUUUUGAAAGCUAGAAUACUCAUUUGUCUGCAUGAGCAAUUUGGGUCCUUUAUUUGUGUGUGAGUGUUGUGACAUUGAAUUCCUAUUUAUCGAAUCAACAAAAGUGCUUUAAACAAUUUUUUUUUUUUUUUUACGUAUUGAAUCUCUGUGUACUUAAAGUGAUCUAAAUGAAAACUAAACAGAUAUAGAUUAUUGUAGAUAUCCAUUAAAAUAAAAACAAAGAAAUAUUGUAUAGAAGCUAUUCAAAGUAAAUGAAGGAUUAACUCACCAUUUUAGGUAUACUCAGAUGAUAUUUAUCAAAAUCAUGUUAAUUAUAAACUCGGGGCAAAAAUUUAUCAGUAUUUUUCUAGUCUUUAUAUUUUUUCUUAUCGUAAAUAUUUAGUCUUUUUUCAUACGAACCAUUUGGUUUGUGGACAUUAAAGUAAAACCACAUUCAAAGGAAGAGGUUUAUUAAGCAAGCCGUACGGUAGUGUCAAUGCGGCAUCCCAACACAUUUCCCUCCAUAAUUGGAUAAAUUUGAUGUAUACAAUGUCCUUAAUUAAACAGAAACAUGUUGUGAGAACUUUUUUAUAUAUCGCUAGUUAGCAUCGUCUGAUGUCCUGCAGAUGAUCGUAAAAUCAAAAGAAAUAUUUAUAUUCCUUCGCUCAAUGUCACACACCAAUACCGAGUGAUUAGUCUAUAUAAAAAUUUUUUUUUUUUUUUUUGUUUAAAUCCACAAAUAAUGUUGAACUGUGAUAUUAACAAAGGAUUAUAUACAUAUAUAUAUAUGUGUACAUACAUCUUGAUACAUGUGUAUAUAUAUAUAUCUUCUGUUCUGGUCUCAUUGGCAUUCUCGUCUUUUUUCUUUUUUUUUAAAUUACACAGCUCUCACUUUUAUGAGGGCUGUUUAAACUAAACUAUCACUUAAAAUCAGGGCUGUUUAAAUUUAAACAACUAUCACUUAAAAUCAGGGAUACUCUGCAAACAUACUAAUGGGAUUUGCAAUAUUUUAUAUGGACAUGCUCUAGUAAUAGUUAAAAGGGGUUUGAUUCUUAUUUUAAAAAGAUGGAUGGGUAUGGGGUAGAUGACAGAAUCUGGUCGCUGCUAAGUGCCACAACACAAUAUAAAAAGAGUUCACUCUCUUGGAACAGAUUCUGAAAUCUCUCCUAUCUCUCUCAUUUGUCCUGAACAAAGCAUAACUAACUUUUAACCAUUUUACAUUCACUGUUUUCAAAAUAUGUAUAGAUUAAUUUUCUUUAAGUCAGUUUGCAUUAUAUGAAAUGUUACAGAAUCCUAAGUUCAUUGUUAUAAUAAUAAUCCAAGUUGUCAAAACCACAAUCUUGAAUCUUUAUAAAACGGGGGAAAUUCAUUAAAUAUCCAAGAACUCUUUUCCAAAAUACUGAGUCCAUUUCAGAUUUUUGGUUAAAAUGGCAAAAUGAUGGGUAUACAUCAAUGCUUUAAAUCAAUACUUGAUGCAAAUAUUAUUUCAUUCAUCUGAUACACCUUAAAAAAGAAAAAAAAAAAACCCAAACAAAUGGUUUGAAAAGGGAUCUGAAUGAGCCUGUCAUGUAUUCUGAAAAAGAUUUCUUGAUAUCUUACUAGAGCACGGGAGUGCCAUAAAUUAAUUUUUUAUUAUUAUGGGACGGCAUUUGUAUUUUUUCAUAUUAACUAUUGUUUAGUUGUACAAAUCGAACUACAUACCUUGAUGUGGCUUCUAAUUGAACCGUAUAAGUCUGCUUUCAAAUAUAUGCCCAACCUCAUAGCUUUCCUCCUACUGCUAAAGAAAAUACCCUGAAGCACAAGCGAAUUAUUGAAAUGAAAUUUACUAAGUUAGCCCUGAAGUGACCUAGUUUAUCUAUUGCUUUCAGAUAUUAUCAAUUAUUUGAGCUACAGAAAAAUUGGCAUAAAUUAUGUUAAAUUAAUCGGCCCUGUUUGAUGUAGAUAUUUGUUUGGAGCAGGUCGGGUCAGUCUUAAAGAACCACAUCAUGGUAUGACAGUUCAUGUCAAAGUUCUAAAAUAAAGAUAACUGAAAUUGGA